AUGAGCCUGCUGUCGGCCAUCGACACGAGCGCUGCCUCGGUGUACCAGCCGGCCCAGCUGCUCAACUGGGUCUACCUGUCGCUGCAGGACACGCACCAGGCGAGCGCCUUCGAUGCCUUCCGGCCCGAGCCGCCCGCCGGCGCCGCGCCCCCAGAGCUGGCCUUCGGCAAGGGCCGCCCGGAGCAGCUGGGCUCGCCCCUGCACUCCAGCUAUCUCAACAGCUUUUUCCAGCUGCAGCGCGGAGAGGCGCUGAGCAGCAGCGUGUACAAGAGCGCCUCACCCUACGGCUCCCUCAACAACAUCGCCGACGGCCUCAGCUCCCUCACCGAGCACUUCUCAGACCUGACCCUCAGCUCUGAGAGCCGCAAGCCCAGCAAGCGCCCCCCGCCCAACUACCUGUGCCACCUGUGCUUCAACAAAGGACACUACAUCAAGGACUGCCCCCAGGCACGCCCCAAAGGCGAGGGUCUGACCCCGUACCAGGGCAAAAAGCGCUGCUUCGGCGAGUACAAGUGUCCCAAGUGCAAGAGGAAAUGGAUGAGCGGGAACUCCUGGGCCAACAUGGGGCAGGAGUGCAUCAAGUGCCACAUCAACGUGUACCCGCACAAGCAGAGACCCCUGGAGAAGCCCGACGGCCUGGACGUGUCCGACCAGAGCAAGGAGCACCCGCAGCACCUCUGCGAGAAGUGCAAGGUGCUCGGCUACUACUGCCGCCGAGUGCAAUGACCCGGCACCAGCCGCCACGCCACAGCCACCCUCCUGCCAGCCGGAGAAGACACCACCUCCCCUGUGUUUCUCCAUGUUGCUGCGUGUCCCCACAUGCGUGGGGGUGUCCUCGCAAGCCUACGGGUCUGGGCAGGGGGGUCUUAGGUUCUUGUCUCAUGUGUGUUGACAAACAGUGUUACUGAUGUAGCUGUCCCCGCAGAGGGC